AUGACAGGAGGCAAGGAAGACAACAAUACAGAGCUGGCUUCUUCUCUGUCCCAGUUUCCAAAAAAAUGCAAAGGUGAAAAGCAUGUAUCUUUCCCACCGGAUGAAGAGAUAGUAUCAGGCUUCGCUGAGCACAAGGACGUACUGAGGGAUGUUGACAGCAUCACCCUGGUGGAUGUGAUUUCAGCAUAUAAGAAGAGCUGCCUUAAGCAUCAUGUGGAACCCACAUCAAAGAUAUUGGAGCAACUCCAGGAAGUUACAGACAUGCAGAGCAGGGCCAGAUGUCUAGAUCUGAGAGGUGAACGAUUAGAUUACCAUGCGUGCGAGUCUCUUGAAGAUAUACUGAAAUUAGUGCAGUUUGAUUUCAUCAGUCUACGGGAGACACAACUAGAGGAGAAUGGAGCCUCCUCCUUGCUGGACAUGUUCCUGUACUAUGAAUCAGCAGCGCAUCUUGACAUAUCGUCCAACACCAAUCUCGGAAUUUCGGGUUGGCAGGCUCUCUCUCGGCUGGUUCAGCGGAGCAGUUGCCUAUGGAGACUGGAUGCCUGUGACAUGGCCAUCCCUGAGUAUCCAGCCCAGGCCCUGUCAAAAGCCCUCCUCGGCAGCAGCCUAGCGGUGCUGUGUCUGGAGAACAGUGGCCUAAGUGGCAGGCCUCUCUUCACUCUCGUGAAUACACUGAAGGAGAACACAUCGCUCCAGGAACUCUAUCUUGCAAACAACAACCUGAACAGUUUCCAAGAUGCAAUGCAACUGGGAGACCUUCUCAAAUACAACCGCUGUCUGAAAUCACUGGACAUGAGCAACAACCAGAUUUCUGAUUCAGGACUGGAAGAAAUAUGUGAAGGAUUAGGAGCUGGGAAAACCAGACUGAGAAACCUGGUGCUCUGGAACAACCAAAUAACUUACAGGAGCAUGGUCCACCUGGCAAAGAUUUUGCCCCGUGUUAAUACACUUGAAACACUGAACCUGGGUCGUAACAAUCUUCAAAAUGGCGGGAUCCAGCUGCUAAAAGAGUCUUUAAUCGCCAACCGGUCUAUACUGCGCCUAGGCCUGGUCCACACAAGAGUGGGCUGUGAAGGUGCAGUGACAUUGGCUGAGUUCAUUGCAGAAAGUCGGCGGAUACAGAGACUGGACAUGAGGAGAAACCCGGUCAGAACCGCUGGCCUAAUGGCUCUCUGGCUGGCCCUGAAGAUCAACCAGUCUCUCAUCAGACUCGACCUGGACACAACUCCCAAAGAAGAGAAAGAGGAAUUUCUGAUUGAAACCCAAAAGAAUCUACUGCAAGAGAUCUGUGAUCGCUGCGUGAGGAAUGCGUCGGCAGCCAAAGAGAGGAACCUACAGCCCGCUUCCCCAGGGAAGGGCUCGCAGCGGCUGCCCCCUCUUCCCCUCGGCAUGGAGCAGGGGCAGAUUGACGGAGCAGCAUGGGGCGCCAGCCGCUGUGCUAACUCACACUCCACCUGA